GGUUUUGAACUGGCCUUCUUCCAGGACACACCUUUGCUGACAGUUCAAGCAAAUUGCUUUCCCAGAAGAAACUCGUUACUUCCAACUGGUGAAUUUGGCAGAAUGCGUGUCCCUCAAGGUACUAAACUCUGUUUAAAUUCCAGAUAUCAAUAAAAAUCCUUCUCAGUAAGACUGCACGAUGUGUUCUAAUGCUUUUUCCCCCGGGUUUGGUCCAGAAUUAGUAUGCUUGCAAGUUCAACCUUUAUGGCGAGACAAUUCUUCCAUUAUUACUACUGAGCUAGUAGAUAUCCUUCGGGGUAAAUCUGAAAAUAAGACGAGAAAUGCGAUUCUAGGAGUAUAUGAUUUCCUGAACACAAACAAUCGUAAAUUCAAUGCAACAGUCUGGUACAAUCAAACUGCCACAGAAUCCGAUUUUGAUCAGGGUAGCACGACACGUAUUCAGAAGGCUUUGAAUCUGGCCUCAAAUUCCUACCUCCAAUUCUUCAGAGGUGCCCGUGCGAAGGUGAUUCUCGAGUUUAUUGCAGAGAUGCCUAAACCUCUAUCAGUUACACCGAACUUUGAUAUUUCUUCUCUUGCUGGACCACUGUUCUAUUCAUGGAUCUUUCAGUUACUUUUUCCGGUUAUUUUGAAUAGCCUAGUUUAUGAAAAACAGCAUAAACUAAGGAUCAUGAUGAAGAUGCAUGGACUCAGGGAUGGUUCUUACUGGUUAAUUACGUAUUCCUACUUUCUCUUUAUAUCGUCUGCCUACAUGACAUGUUUUAUACUGUUUGGCACAGUUGUAGGCUUAAAAUCCUUCACAAUGAACAGCUACAGCAUCCAGUUUAGCUUCUUCCUCGUCUUUAUGAACCUACAGAUUGCACUUGCUUUUCUUGUAGCCACAUUUUUUUCGGAUGUGAAGACUUCUUCAGUGAUUGGAUUUUUGUACGUGUUUUCCUCUUCACUUCUAGGAUUCUUUCUUUUUGUGAAUUUGCUCAAAUCAUCUAAGUCAGAAUUCCGCAUUCUAAUUUUGGAGAUGUUUCCUGCUUUUGCUUUAUUCCGUGGGCUACAUGAGUUUGGACAAUAUUCCUUUGAUGCUCAAUUAUCUGGAGGCAUCGGAAUGGGUUGGAAGGAUUUGGGUGAGAGCGGAUUGGAAUCGACGCUAUUUCUCAUGAUCAUUGAAUGGAUGGUACUGCUUUUGUUAGCAUAUUACUUGGAUCAAGUUUUCUCAGUUGGUGGUGGAGUCAAGAAACACCCCUUAUGGUUCCUGAAUUGCAAAUUUAAUACCUGUUCAUGCACUCCUCUAAAUGACCCACAUAGAAAAGGAUUUGAUGUGCUUGCCAAUGUUGAAAAGGCUGAUGUCUAUCGUGAGAAGGAAUUAGUUGAUAAACUAAUGGAGGAGCCCUCUAACUCUGAGGGCUACCCCAUGAUUGUGGACAAACUCCACAAGGUAUAUCCUAGCAAGGAUGGGAACCCAGAGAAAUAUGCAGUACGAGAAAUAUCUCUUGCUUUGCCUGAAGGAGAAUGCUUGGGUAUGCUAGGUCCAAAUGGUGCAGGAAAAACUACUUUCAUCAGUAUGAUGAUUGGUCUUACAACUCCCUCUGCUGGUACUGCAUUAGUUAAUGGGUUUGAUUUAAGGAAUGAAAUGGAUAAAGUGUACAGUAGCAUGGGUGUCUGUCCACAGCAUGACUUGCUCUGGGAAAUGUUAACUGCAAGAGAGCACCUAAUGUUUUAUGGUCGACUAAAGAACCUCAAAGGCAUUGAAUUAGAACAUGCUGUGGAAGAAUCAUUAAAGAGUGUGAAUUUAUUUAGCAUUGCUGAUAAACAAGCAGGAAAAUUUAGUGGCGGCAUGAAAAGGAGGCUUAGUGUUGCCAUCUCAGCGCUUGGAAAUCCUAAGGUUAUCUUUCUGGAUGAGCCUAGCACAGGACUAGAUCCAGCUUCUAGAGACUUCUUAUGGAAAGCAAUAAAAAACGCAAAACAAGGGAAAGCAAUGAUUCUCACAACACAUUCAAUGGAAGAGGCAGAGGCUCUAUGCAACCGGAUAGGAAUAUUUGUAGAUGGAAGACUGCAGUGCAUCGGUAGCCCGACUGAGCUAAAAGCUAGAUAUGGAGGGAUCUAUGUCUUAACGAUCACAACCUCUUCUGAUCAUGAAGAAGAAAUAAAGGAAUUGGCACACAGGCUCUCUCCGAAAGCAAAAAAGGUAUAUCAUUUAUCAGGCACGCUGAAGUUUGAAUUACCAAAGCAAGAUGUCACAAUUGCACAAGUUUUCAGAGCAAUUGAGAAUGCAAAGAAGAAGUUCACUGUACAAGCAUGGGGUUUAACCGAUACCACCUUGGAAGAUGUUUUCAUCAAAGUUGCCAAAGGGGCACAGUAAUCAGUAGGUUUGAUUUCUUAUUAAUAAUUGUUGUUUCAAUGUCUCAUUAUUUCAAGAUACAGAAUCCAGUGUUGUGUACAUAGAUCAGAAAGAAGGGCCAGAAAA